UUUAGGUAUGUGUUUGAAACAUGACAAAAUGUUGUGAAGUUCAACAAGUCACAAUAGUUUAUUCAAGGCACAUUAUGUGGGUGAAGAACAAGUCAGAUUUGUUGAACUCAAAUGUUUCUAUAUGACUGUUUUUUUUUUUUCCUUCUGAGUUUAUCACAAUUAUUCAGGUACCUGUCAAGUCUUUCCUUUACUCUAGGAGCAGAUUAUUACCAGCCCAGCCAACUAAAGGUCAAGACAGGAAGUGUUCAUUUUCACCAGCCAGUAAACUGGGUCAAGUCUUGUUAAGAGGAAGAGGAGGAGUCAGAUAAAAGGGCCCUAAGAAAAGCCAUACUUUCACACCGUUCCUGUUUUACAACAGAUAAACAGUGCAGAUUGAACUUUUGUACUUGACAUCUCAUAGCACUGCUUGGAGGCUUUUUAAUUUGAUGUCUGUAACAAUAGUUUGCCAUAUGAAGGAUGUUUGGGUUACUGUUAAUGUAAAGAACCACUAAAAGUUCACCACAAGCUCCACCUUUACCUUCUCGCUGCAUCUGAAAUGCAUUAAAGAAAGUAAAUUAUUGACUUGAUGAUUUAAAUUGAGAUCUUACCUCUCAUUUGUGUCCAAAGUGCAGUCCUACAGUGCACAGUCUUUGCUGAACUAAUGAAUCCAUCUACUUGCUUCAAAUAGGAUUACAGCUCCCUCUGCUUAGCUUAGUUACCUCAAAUUAGAAUGAAGGUAAGGAGAGGUCUGUUGUCUGCAGCAACCAUCUGUCUGCCAGGUGGACAGUCAGUAGCUGCUGCUGCUGCCGAUGGAGACCAGGCUCGAGCUGGAUGUUUUGAUAUACCCAGACGAGGUGAGGGUCGUCACCCCAGAGGACCUCAGGGAGUGGGAGUUGGAGACUGCGAGCCAGGUGUCCAUCCUCACAGUUCGACUUUUUGUGGCACUUUACCCGUACAACCCAGCCGCCAUGUCUCCCAACCCUGACACGGCUGCAGAGGAGCUGCCCUUCGUGCCGGGCCAGAUCAUCAAGGUGUUUGGAGAUAAGGACCCCGACGGUUUCUACCACGGAGAAUCCGGAGGUCUUUCUGGUUACGUGCCAAGCAACAUGGUGGCUGAAAUCCCAGUGGACGAUGAGUACCUGAAGCACGUUCUCAUGCAGCAGGGUUUUCUGCCUGUGGACCACGCAGCAGAUAUGUCUUUAACACCAGAUCUGAGCGACACAGACAGUGUUCAUGAAGAUGUGAUCAUUCGAAGAAUGGUGGCCUUAUUUGACUACGAUCCAUGGGAGAACUCACCCAACAUGGACAGUGAAGCUGAACUGGGCUUCCGAUCUGGAGACAUUAUAUAUGUGUUGGGUGACAUGGACGAAGAUGGGUUUUACUAUGGAGAUCUUCAUGGAGGAAGAGGUUUGGUUCCCUCAAACUUCUUACAGCCCUUACCCUGGAAGUAGACGCUGUGUUAACACCUCUGCUACUACUGCCAAGUCUCAUACACAAUCAAAUCAGCAGCUUUACUGAUAAAAUGUUAAUAUGUGUCAAAAUGUCUAUAUUUGUAUAAUUGUAUAUAGUAGUGUGGCAUAGCAUCAGCUGUAAUGGCCUUUAAAUAGGAUAAAGAGCCCACCACUAUGAAUCAGGAUGAUGAACAGUGAAAAGAAACAGUCAUUUUAUAGGAUCAAAAUCUUUAUUGAUAAUUUUAAAGAAAAAACUGCAACUUAACUUACAUAUAAAAACAAAAAUACAAUUCAUGUUUUAUAUAACAACAAAUAUAUUUUUUGUAAUCCAGCAAAAUUUGUAUUUUCAGUGAAUUUACUUGAUUGUUGUCGGGUAACUUCAGUUUUAGCCUUAAAAAUACACUUUUAGUCUCAGCGUUGUGCAGACCAGAGUGUAUAAAUAUAGUUUGCCUUAUAUUGUGUUCAUUUGCUUUCUGUAACAUGCUCAUCUCUAAUGCAAGAAGUAUUAAAUAAAACAAAUAAAAACAUUUAUGUUAAAAAA